AUGCACGUUUGCGCGGCUGCUGCAACUGAAACAAAGGAGGAGACCUUCACCUAUCAGGCUGAGGUCGACAGGCUGAUGGACCUCAUCGUGAACAGCCUGUACAGCAACAGGGAGGUCUUUCUCCGAGAGCUGGUGUCUAAUGCCUCAGACGCUCUCGACAAGCUGCGCUUCCUUUCCCUCACAGACUCCAGCGUCAUGGCCGGGGAGGACGCGAUGGAGAUCCGCAUCAAGGCCGACUCUGAUGCGCGCACCAUCGUCAUUGAGGACACCGGAGUGGGCAUGACCAGGGAAGACCUGCUGAGCAGCCUGGGAACCAUCGCCAAGUCUGGCACAGCCAAGUUUGCAGAGGCGGUCAAGGAGUCACAGGGGGAUGCGAACUUGAUCGGCCAGUUUGGAGUGGGCUUCUACAGCGCCUUCUUGGUGGCCGAUAAGGUCACUGUGCAGACCAAGAACGCUGCCGACCCCAGCCAGUGGUACUGGCAGUCCAGCUCUGGCAGCCAUCAGUUUGUGAUUCGGGAGGACGAGGCAAAGGAUCUGCCACGGGGGACAAGGAUCACGCUGCACCUGAAGGAUGACGCGACUGAGUUGGCGGACGCUGCCAAGCUGGGCGACCUGAUCAAGCAGUACAGCGAGUUCAUCCAGUUUCCCAUCCGGCUCUGGUCCAGCAAGACCGAGUAUGAGCAGGUGGUGGAUGAUGAGGCAACGAAGGAGAAGCAGGCAAAGGCGGACGAGGAGGCCAAGGAAGCCGGCAAGGAAGCGGCCGACCCCGUGGAGCCGGCCACGCGGUCAGAGAGCAAGGAGGUUUGGGACUGGCGUGUGCAGAAUGAUAACAAGCCGCUCUGGACGCGCACGCCCAAGGAGAUUGAGCAGGCGGAGUACAACAACUUCUUCAAGACGACCUUCAGGGAGUUCCUGGAGCCUCUUGCGCAGUCUCACUUCAACGUGGAGGGCACCAUCGAAUUCUCAGCACUCCUCUUCGUCCCCGGCAUGGCCCCCUUCGAGCAGCAGGACUGGCUGGCGAAGAGCCGCAACAUCCGCUUGUUUGUGAAGCGCGUCUUCAUCAGCGACGAGUUUGACGACGACCUGAUGCCCCGCUACCUCUCCUUCAUGAAGGGCAUAGUCGACUCCUCAGACCUCCCCCUCAAUGUUUCACGGGAGAUCCUGCAGGAGUCGCGCGUGGUGCGUGUGAUAAAGAAGCAGCUGGUGAAGCGCACGCUGGAAACGCUGAAGGAAAUCGCGGGCCGGCCGGAGAAGGACGGCAAGAGCGACUAUGAGACAUUCUGGGACUCCUUUGGCAAGUUCAUCAAGCUUGGCGCCAUAGAAGACCAGGCCAACAAGAAGCAGAUUGCGGAGCUGCUGCGCUUCCCGUCAUCCAAGAGCGGCGAUGCCAUGAUUAGCCUGCAGCAGUAUGUGGGCCGCGCUAAGGAGGGCCAGAAGUCCAUCUUCUACAUCGCCGCCGACUCCCUGUCCGCUGCCGCGUCCGCGCCCUUCGUGGAGCAGCUUAUCAAGAAGGACCUGGAGGUGCUGUACCUGACAGAGCCCAUCGACGAGCCGGCCAUUAACAAUAUUGGGGAGUUCAACGAGUUCAAGUUUGUGGACGUCACUCGUGAGGGCCUGGACCUGGGAGACAUCCCUGAGGAGGAGAAGAAGAAGGCGGAGGAGACGACAGAGGCGCUGAAGCCGCUGACAGAUUUUUUGAAGAGCACGUUGGGUGAGCGUGUGGAGAAGGUGGCAGUGUCGCAGCGCCUGACCGACUCCCCCUGCGCGUUAGUCACCUCCCAAUUUGGCUGGUCCGCCUACCAGGAGCGCGUCAUGCGCAGCCAGACGCUGGGGGACAGCCGGGCGGCGGAGUACAUGAAGGGGCGCAAGACGCUGGAGAUUAACCCGGACCACCCCAUCAUCCGCGCCCUCAGUGACAAGGUCAACAACGACGCAGCCGGCGCCAAGGCCGUUGCGGAGCUGAUGUACGACACAGCGCUUGUGACGAGCGGGUUUACGGUGGAGAGCCCGCGCGAGUUUGCCGCGCGCAUUUACAACAUGGUCGGCCUUGCCGUCAACGCAUCCCCAGCAGCCGCCGACGCCGCGGCCGCCAAGCCCGUUAUUGACCCCGAGAUCCUCGGCGCAGACCCUAACGACCCCUGGAAGGAGCAGUGA